GCACCCUCUACCCCCGCCAACACAUAUUUUUGGAGGGGGGCCCUCCGUGAAGGUGCUGUAUGGAGGCCCAGAAUCAGGUGCAACGCCCCUGGUGACUGAUGAUGACUUUUUUUAAAGAUAAAAGGUAGUAAUACACAGUGUACAAUUGAGAUUGUGAACGGUGACGAUCAAACGUUGACGUCACGCCCCUGUGGCUCGUCGCUCCGUUAAUUGGCGAAGAGAACCCGGCUGUCGGCUAUUAAGAUAGUCGGAGGGGGAACGCGGGCCGGUUUUGCAUAGCAGCAGAGGCAGCAGCACACACGCGGAGGCACGUCGGGUGGCCGCGGACAUGGAACGGUCGCUUUCAACUCGUAAUGGCAAUAUCUGUUGGCACUUCUUGAACGGCUCAUGCAGAUAUGGCUCGAGAUGCCAUUAUCGACACGAAUUGCCUGCCACACAACCAUCCCAAAUUUGUCGCUACUUCCAGAAAGGUGCAUGCUGGUAUGGUGAACACUGCAGGUACAUCCAUGUCCCCCAACCUGAAGGUGGUGCAGAUGUUGCAGGCCGAAGACUGUCUGUACCAACGGUCUCGUCCUCCACCUCCACUGCGGCCCGAGGUCCAGCUGACCGCAGAGGUUCCGAGACUUCUGCUCUUGCACAGGCUGAUGUGUUGCCAAGGCGGCAACGCAGGACAUCGAGGUCUGUGGAAAACUCUUCAAACGUCACAGAUGCUGGGAACCAGAAUGCUGAGAAACGAUUACAAGAUGCUCCUUCCCGAAUGUCUGCCAAGAGCUCAGAACAGUGUUGUGCAAGUCCACGUGGAAAAGAGGAAAGCCUUCCAGGUAGCACGCAAGCCGCGGGUGCAGCUGCAGCCCCAUGCACCGACAGGACUGCGGAGGCAUACCUCCAGAGUCGAGAUGUCACCUGUGGUAUAUGCAUGGACAAGGUGUAUGAGAAGAUGGACCGCAGUAAACGGGUGUUUGGAAUCUUGCCCAACUGCAGUCAUGCCUUCUGCCUGCAGUGCAUCAUGACCUGGAGAAAAACCAGAGACCUCGGGCCUGAUGUUGUCAAGUCAGGCCCAUCAGGCAGGACAACCACCUACGAAGAGGGCCGCACCACCCAGCCCCGCAGCACUGACCCCGGGACCCGCCCUACCCUCCACAUUCCAGCCAGCACCCACUACCUGCCCCAGAGUGUGGGAGGUAGACCCCCCGCAAACUCAGGGAUGAGAAGAGCCCCACUCCAUGCAAGUGUCCUCACCAUGCAAAUCGAUCUAAAAUGUGAGAAACUGGGGGGGAAAAAGGGAAAAUAAAUAAAUAAAUAAAUAAAAUGGGAAUAAUAAAAUAACAACCUCGACAACAAAGAAUACACAAGUCGAAAGUUUACUUUUACACUUACAAAUUAGUUUUGUCAGAUGGCACACAACUAUGGAAUCAAGAGUCUACAUUUAGCAUGUUGAGGAAGGGUGACCAGCUAUCUACGUAUACAUGUAAUUGAUUUUUUUUUGUUCUGAUAUUUUUUGUAACGCAAUAUACUCUUAUGAUGAGAUUUAGCCACUGAUUUAUGUUAAUAGCUUGUUUGUUUUUCCAGUUUAAUAGAAUUGUUUUCUUAGCGGUAGCUAACGCGACGAGUAAUGAUUGUGAAUAUUAGGGCGGUCGAUUAUGCUUAAAUCGCCAAGUAUGCACAAUCUUGGAGAAAGUGGAAUCCUGAAAUUUAAAAUAUAAGAGUUUUGUGUAACCGAAGACCAAAAGCAUUGAAUUGGUGUGCAUUCCCAUAUAGCAUGAACAUGGGUGUCUAGGAUAUUUUUGGUGCAUUGCGUGCAUAUAUUAGAUGGAGAGAAGCCCAUUUUAUGCAUUGUGUACUGAGUAAAGUGUGUUCUAUGGAGCACUUUAUAUUGUAAAAGCUGUAAAUUUGUGUUUUUUGUCAUUCUAAAUUUUGAUAAAUUUUUGUUACAUGUGUAUCCACUAGCUACAGUCAGCGGACAUGGAAAGGUCUUCUUCCCAUUUUGUGAUUGGUGUAAGUGCAUUGAUUUAGUGCAUGAAAUUAAUUUAUAAAUUUUCUGAGUGAUUUACUUUGCGGGAAAAGGAUCACUAUUUGCUUGACAAACUCUGGCAGU